AUGUCCUUGGCCUCAGUUCCUUGUACACAGUUUUUGGUGUUGCGGCACUGGAAAGCUCCAGCAGUUAUUUCACUUGUAUGGUUAAAAUAUCCCAUCACUAUUACUAAUCGAAACGAAACCGUGACAAGUUGGGCACUACAAACUUUUGAAUCGGUUACUGUGCAGCAUCAUGAAGUGAUGUCGCCGGGUUUUUGGAGGACAGUUUUCGCCGCCAAGGGAAAAAGGAGGACCACCACUUUUGCAAGUGACAGAGGAGCUUAUUUACGUUUCACCACUCCAACUAAGGUUCUAACCACUUCGACUGACUGUAUAAACUUCGAAACCAAUCACGCGUAUCGGAAGAUAACGUCGGUAUUAGCGUGUGCAUUUUCUGGUACGAACAGAAACCACACACACACAAUACAAACAAGAAGGAAGUUGUUUUGUGAUUUUGUCACGCCACAUCCCCUUAGCAAAGUCACCGAGCGGUUCCCCGUGCUGGAGUGUGAAGAAAGUUUAUUUGGGAAAACUCUGCAGACAUCUCUGUGUUUUCAUUGGUUUGGUACAGAACUAUGGAAAACUGAAACUUUUUUGAUAUAUCAAAUAGCCGUUGGGAAGGUUGUCUUUUCGCGACAUCGUUCGUCCGGUGCAUCACCAAAAGGAGGAUGUGAAUGCAACAGCAGUGUUGAAUACAAAACAAACGGUAUUUUCUUACAGGAAGCCUGUGCUUGCAUGCAAUAG